UCCUGGAUAAGUUGGAUAAACCUGGAUAGUCGGUCUUCUUUUUUUUUGUUCUCCGAAAACCUCGGGCAAUCUGUUAAAAUUUUGGCAAUUUUCACCAAGUUAAACUUAGUUUGCGUGCUAAAAUGUCCUCGGUAGAGAUGCCUAAACUGCCUGAUAGUCAGAAGACGUACGCAGGAAUCCCGGAAGCUGUAUUUGUUGAGGAUGUGGACACAUUCAUGGCACAAUCUGAGAAUGAGAACAACAGCGACAAGGUUCUGAGGAAAUUGGAUGAGCAACAUGGAAAGUAUAAAUUCAUGGAGCUCAAUAUUGCGACAAAACGACGGAAGCUGAAGCAGCAAAUCCCUGAUUUGGCCAAAUCCCUCGAGAUGAUCAAUAUCCUGAGGAAUCAAUCGGAUGACAUGGAGACGCAGUUCCUUCUGAGUGAGCAGGUCUUUGUGAAGACAACGAUUCAACCGACAAAGACGGUGUGUUUGUGGCUUGGAGCUAACAUUAUGCUGGAGUACCCUCUGGAUGAGGCUGAAGAGCUCUUAAAGCAAAAUAUGGAUUCAGCCAUUGUGAACCUCAAGUGUUUGGAGCACGAUCAGGAUUUCCUUCGUGAUCAGCUGACCACAACGGAGGUGAAUAUGGCACGUGUGUAUAAUUGGGACUUGAAGAGGCGACAAGCAGCAAAAGCAGCCUCCACAACUCCAGCCAGCUCAUAAUCCUCACAAUUUUUUGUCACAAAUCAUCACUCCUCCCCGUGUACACGCCUCCUUGUUGCAGAAUAAUUACCUAAUUAUAUUUUAACGCUUCCCACAGAGCUUCUCAAUAAAUCAUUUUACUAAUCUGCAAAUGAA